AUGCCUUCCCCCCAAAACAUUGACCAACAAGACCAUCAUCAUGAUCAUGAUCAUGAUCAUAAUCAUAACCAUCCUCAACCUCAUCAUAGAAAACCCAAAAAAAGAAUAGUAACUCACCAAAAUGGAAACACAAAUUUCUUGAUUUGGCUAGCCGCAAUACUAUGCACAAUAAUAGCCAUAGGAGUUGUAAUUGGAGGAGUUGUAGUGUUUGUUGGUUACAUAGUUAUUCAUCCAAGAGUUCCUACAAUAAGCAUAGCAAAUGCUCAUUUAGAUCUUUUCAAAAAUGACUAUGCUGGUCUUCUACAAACACAGAUAAGCAUAAGUGUGAUGGCACAAAAUGGAAACUUUAAGGCACAUGCAACAUUUUCAAAUAUAAAAUUCAAACUUAGCUAUCAAGGACAAGGUAUAGCAUAUAUGGUUGCCGAUACUUUUGAUGUUCCUAAGAAUAAUUCAAGGUUUUUGGAUUAUGUUGUUCAAUCUUCUUCUAUUCCUUUGACUCCUGAUCAGGUGGAAGAAGUUGAUGAGUCAUGGAAGAGAAAUAUUGUUGGGUUUGAUUUGAAAGGUGAUGCUAGAACUCAAUGGAGAAUUGGACCUUUUGGUUCUUUUAAAUUUGGUUGUAAACUUGAGUGUCUACUUAGAUUUCAUCCCUUGAAUGGUAGUUAUAUUCCUUCACGUUGCACUUCUCAAUCCAAAUGA